AUGCUCCCCACCGCAAAUAAGGCACUUCGCCUUAUCCGGGCACUUUGUGGAGAUGUGCCCGAACCCCUGACACCGAAAGCAUUGGGUGGCUUUCGGGCGGGGCCAGGCAGCUCUCAUCCUAAUGUAGCCGAUCCUAGUACCCAGAACGUAAUUACCAAUGAUCGUGCUGAAUUACGAGUUGACACUACUAUCCCUACCGAAUCAAAAAUUCAAUAUAACAAGCCGGACAUUUUCCUAUACGACAAAAAAUUAAACCACAUAUGGCUAAUAGAGAUUGGAGUGACGUGUGUGGAUAAUUUAAAAGCAGUUGAAGUUGAAAAACUUCAUAAAUAUGAUAUCCUGGCAAGUGAAUUAAAAAUCAUUUACAAAGCCAAAGUCAAAAUACUUCCGAUUGUCAUUACCUGGGAUGCGAUCACCUCUAAGUAUUUUAAAAUAUACAUGGAUUUUAUUGGCAUUAAAGACAGUGUUCUGGUAUACAUCCAAACGACUGCAUUAAAGAAGACGUUGGAAGGAAUGUUCGUAGAAUAUAAACAUGGUUUCGAAGACGUAAUGACUAAAGCAUUGAUUCUCAACAAAGAUUAUGCAGUGUGGAACACUCACCAAAGGGGAGCUUACUCGAUGAAGAGGAGACAUGAUGAGGUGACAGAAAACGAAUACUCUGAGGAAGGACAAAUUAAUAGCAAGAGGAUCACGAAAGAUGAUGGUGCUGUUCAGGGAGGCCCAAGACCAGUAAAUUGA